AUGGAUUUAAGUCAGUACCAUGUCUCUGCUGUCCCUCCCACCACGGGGGAUGAAGUGCCCCUGUCCGUCCAGGCUCAGGUGCCUGCAAGUGACACCCAGGGCCCCACCUGCCCCCUCUCUGCCCAGGCCUCGCCCUCAGCACGCAGCAGGCCCAGCGCUCUCCCACUUUGGCCUCAUGUCCCCGCGUCCAGCUCCCCACAGCUGGCCUUCUCCACUGCCACCUCCACCUCCCGUGUCAACUGGCUGCGGCUGGAACAGCUAAGGACACCACAAGGCGAUUCCUCCUCAGUCUUCUCUGCCGCCGCCUCCUCUUCUAAACACGGGGGCUCCUGGCUAAGUGCUCAGGACUAUUCUCCUCCCGGAGAGGCCCCAGGCACUCUAAUUGCUCUAGAACCAUCCGGAGGCCGAGGAUGGACGCCCCCCCUGGUCUCCAGUCCUGAACUGCACCGACCUUCAGAUUUGUCGGGGCCACAGCCUCCAUGCCGUCUGCACUUCGGUACGAGGCCUCCCACACCGAAUAGUCCAGCGCGGACCUCUCGGCCCCCUGCCCCCAACCAGACCCUCCCCCCGCCCCGGGGCUCUUCCUCUCGGUCAAGGGCAUCAGCAGGACCCAGCUCUCGAGGCCCAGCAGGGGUGCUGGCCUCCCUACGCCCCUCCACCCCAGCCUGCUGGCACCAUCCUGUCACCCGCUGCUGCAGGCGACUGACUGCCGGGACUGUCCCUCCCGCCCCGCCCCCCCCAGGACAGCUCUCCAUCCAGCCCUCAGUGUCUCUGACACUCAAAUCAUAUGACGUUCCCUCUCCCUUAAGACACCCCAGUGGGGCCCACUGCCCUUCCCAUCCUCUCCUCGGAGGCCUACGAGGCCUUAGGGAGGCGGCCUCUGCCCCGCGGCCUCUACAGCUCCUCUGUGCCUGUGGCCCUGACUCGCGGGGCCCCAGCCGCCCUGGCCUCCCGCCGCGGAGGCUUUGCCCUCGCUCCUUCCUCUGCUGGAGGCUCUGGCCCGCUGAUCUGGGCGCAGCCGGCUUUCUCGUCACCCAGGUUGUACCUCAGAUGUACCUCUGCAAGGAGAUUUCCCCUGAGACCCCAGGUACCCCCUGCUACCUCCCCCGCUGGUCACGUCACCCCUUGGCUGCCCUCACCGCUCGCCAGGACCCGAAAUACUCAUUGAACCUUUUGAUUGCUUCUUCCCUGACCCUGCUCCUGGAAUGUACCAGCAGGACCCUGUCUGUCCUGUCCUCUGCUGCACCCACAGCCCCUGGACAGGUCCCAGCUCCUGGGAGGUGCUUGGCAAAUAUUUUUAAAUGA